AUGUCUUCCGUGGCGCAAGAGGAGGAGAAGCCUCAGGAGGCCCCUCAGGAGCAACAGGAGGAGCAGCAGCAGGAGCAGCAGCAGACAGCGGGGGACGAUGCCAACGAUGAUGAGGAGGAGAUCUCGGCCAUGAAGCGCCGUGUCGCCGAGAUGGAAGAGGAGGCCGCCAAACUCCGCGAGAUGCAAGCUACCCUGGACCAGCAGCAUCACGAGCUUACCGAGAACAAGGAGGAUAUUGACAGCCGGAGUAUCUUUGUCGGCAACGUCGACUACUCAGCCUCGCCAGAGGAGAUCCAGGCGCACUUCCAGAGCUGCGGGUCUAUCAACCGAGUCACCAUCCUUCUCGACAAGUUUACCGGUCAACCCAAGGGCUAUGCCUACGUCGAGUUUACCGAGCCCAACCUAGUCGCCCAAGCCCUUGUCCUCAACGAGAGUGUCUUCAAGGGUCGCAACAUCAAGGUCGUUCCCAAGCGUACGAAUAUUCCUGGCAUGUCGCGUGGCGGCCGAGGUGGCAGAGGUUCCUUCCGCGGAGGCGGUCGCGGCGGCUACUUCGGUGGACGGGGCGGCGGCGGCUUCCCUCCCAGGGGUGGCUACCGCGGCGGCUAUCGUGGACGUGGCCGAGGAGGCUACGCUCCUUACUAG